AUGGAUGGUCGCACGGUAACGGGAUGGUUGGACGGAAACGGGAGACGCAAGGAUGGGAUGCGGAACUACCACCUUGUUGCUGCAGGCAUCCCUCUGUCUGAUAUGAAAACUAAGCAACGAAACGAAUCUGAAUGGGAGGGGAAACGGACAAAGCGGGCGACAGCGGUACACGGAUUCAGUCAUUUUAAUACACUUCUGAAGCAAGAUGGAGUCGGAACCAUCUCACGCUUCAAUCUCAACGUCGAAUCCGCGGAGGAAUAUGCCACAGCAAUUGCGCACCCCGACACAAGCUGUAUCCGGUGGGUAAACGCCCGACGAAAACAUCUAUAUGACCAGCUCGGAGCGGGAGAGAAGGAGGCGAUCGAAGGGAUUCGGUUGUCACCAACUCCAACUCCAACACCAGCCCAUGCCCUUGACGCAUUACUGAGCACCGCGAAACAUCUCCUCACUUACGCCGAUUCCAGUAUCGAAUUUGGAUUGUUUACCUUUGAUCACACUACGGAGUGUGCAACAGCAACAGGGACAUCUCCGAUGCUGUGUGCGAUGCUUAGUGACGGGUCGGCUAAGGCUGAUAAUGUUUGUCAGCGAAUCGAGACCCAUUUUCGCACACUUGGACGUAAGUUACAUGCCAUUGUCCUCAUGCUCCGUGUGUCUGUCCUCGGCCGCUAA